GCAAUAAGUGAAGAAGAGCUUAGGGAUGUGCUUUGCCAUGGACUCCAGGUUCUAUCUUCUUUUAUUUUUAUUUCUAUGUGUAACUAAGUUAUUUUCUAAGGUUUAUGAUGAAGCCAUGACAUGAAUAUUUGCGAAGUACUUUGUUAAUUAUUAUCCGAUUAUAUGUCAUAUUAUAUUUUUAAUCUUUGUGGGUAUUUUAUUUUAGGUUCGAAUUUCUAAUGACUGAUCAUCUUUAGGAAUUUUGCAUCUAGAUGGUUAGAUAAAUCUAUGAGGAUGACCAAUAUCAAGCUCGUCCUACUUACUUGGUUGACAUGAUUCUUCUAUGCUUAAUGGGUUUUUAUGUGUUUAAUUGUAUGCCUAACCAAUAUGAUAUAAUUAUCAUGUAGAGAUACAAGAGUUGAUGCCUGACCACGGAUUAAUUCAUACCUUAGAAAGAACAACCUUUAACAUUGGCAUGGUUAUUGGAUAGUAAUUGGCUCUAGGAAAAGUAAAUAGGAUUGUUAUUGGUGGAUUCAUAACCUUAGGUUUUCUUAUGUCGUGUGUUUGUUUUAGUUAAUUGUCUUUUCUUUUUCUUGUUAAUUUUAGUCUUACUCAAUUAUUCAAUUCAAUAUAUCCUUUGUUUGUUUAAUUAAGUCUAGCAUGCUUAAUCGGUUAAAUUGGUGUUAAAGCAAUACCUGUGGGAUCGACCUCGUAUUCGCAUAUAUUACUACAAUUGAUUCGUGCGCUUGCGAGUUUAAUUUGGUUUAAAUUAAUCUAUUAUUUAGGUUGGUUUAAAUACACAUCGGACUUAAGAUGAAGUAAUAAAAAUAGAUAUAUGUGUUAUAAAUUAAAGAAUUGAUAACACCACGUAGUGUCAGUGUGUCACACCACAAAACUUCCAAGAUAAAUUCUACAACGUGAAAAUAUGCUUGUCUAACAAUUAUGAGUAUGAAACUGUAGUUGCCUUACUUUAAUUUGGUUGCAAAUGAAUGGUUGAUGUAUGACUCUUUCUCUCUUUUCUUUCAUGCCUAACCGUAAUCAAUAACACAACUCUCAAUAUUUAUGAAUUAUGGGAGUGCAUGAGCUCCCUUUAAAAGCAACAAUGUAUCUCCAUUUUUAGACGCGGCUCCUCAGGCCAGCUUUGUUAUACAAAAAGCUGGUCGAUAAAAACCGCCUCAAAAUUUCUAUUUUUUAAUAUUUGCUGUCACUGGAAGAGCUAGUUCAUAUAUAUGGUUGAAGAAGUAUUGUGAAGAUGGAAAAAAACUAAAGAUGGUUUCGAAGGGUCUGAAUUUGGGGAGGCCAAGGUGAAGCAACAUAAGAUGGAACACAAUUUGAAGUACUUUGGAGGAAUCAAAGUGGACAAAUUGAUAGGAGGAUCCAACUUCAAAGGCGAGAGGUUGACGAGCUUGAUCAUUGCGCAGUCACGGUUAUGCAGACUCAAGUUGUUUGCUUUUACAGCCACAACCACGCUGCUUCUCAUCUGCGUCUGCGCGGUGCAGCUGAGCACGCUCAGCGAUGUAACCCGGGUUUUGAUGUUUCGCUCGAAUUCUCAAACCAUCACUCAGCCACAAAUUACUGGAACUGAAAGGAAUUCUGAGAAUAAUGGAUAUCUGAUGGUCUCAUCCAAUGGAGGAUUGAAUCAAAUGCGGGCUGGUAUUUGUGACAUGGUGGCUAUUGCAAGUUUUAUGAAUGUCACGCUUAUAGUUCCUGAGUUGGACAAUACCUCCUUUUGGAAUGAUCGCAGUCGGUUUGAAGAUAUAUUUGAUGUGGAUUACUUCAUUGCAUCUCUGAGAGAUGAAGUCAGGAUACUAAAAGCUCUGCCUGAUAAGCAGAAAAGAAGAGUAGAGAUAGCUACCCUCUAUUCCAUGGCUCCUGUUAGCUGGGCCAACAUGAAAUAUUACUACGAACUGAUUCUUCCUCGCAUAAAGAAGAAUGAAGUGCUGCAUUUCACUCAGGCCGAUACCAGGCUUGCGAAUAAUGGGAUCCCCAAGGAGGUUCAGAAACUGCGGUGCAAAGCGAAUUACAGAGCUCUGAGAUUCACUCCUCCUAUUGAGGAACUGGGAAAGAAGAUUGUUAGGAUUCUGAGGGAAAAGGGUCCAUUCCUAGUUCUUCAUCUGAGAUAUGAAAUGGACAUGUUGGCAUUUUCUGGUUGUACGGAAGGUUGCAAUGCCAAAGAAAUUGAAGAAUUAACAAAUAUGAGGUUUGCUUACCCAUGGUGGAAGCAGAAAAUAAUAGAUUCUGUUAAGAAAAGAAGAGUUGGGGCGUGCCCCUUAACUCCUGAGGAAACUGCACUUGCACUGAGGGCUUUGGAUAUUGAUCCUGGCACCCAAGUUUAUAUCGCUGCCGGCGAUAUAUAUGGCGGAGAAAGAAGAAUGGUGCCUCUGAGACUAGCCUUUCCCCAUACGGUUAAAAAGGAGACGUUGCUGGAAUCCUCCGACCUCGAGCCCUUCAGGAACCAUUCAAACCGAAUGGCAGCAUUGGAUUAUAUGGUGUCAUUGGAAAGCGACAUCUUCGUUCCUACUUAUAAAGGAAACAUGGCAAGAAUUGUUGAAGGCCAUAGAAGGUACUUGGGAUUCAGGACGACAAUUCGGCUACACAGAAAGCUUCUGGUGGAAUUGAUACGCCAGUACAAGAAUGGAAGUCUGAGCUGGAAUGAAUUUUCACAGGCAGUGAAAACAAGGCACGCUAAUCGCAUGGGAAGCCCAGCUCCAAGAUUGGAGAUUCCUGGCAAGCCUAAGGAAGAAGAAUAUUUCUAUAGCAAUCCCCAGGAAUGUUUGCCACAAAUUGUUUAAAAACCAAAAGGUCUCUGAUAUAGCAGAGAUAAACUUCGGUGAACAUGUCUGAUUAGUGUAGCUUUCACACCGUCAAAUCUGUGUCAAACCAAAAUAUAAGGAGUAUCAUUAUUAUCAGAGGUGCCCAAAAGUUGCUCAAAAAACGACGUAGAAACCCCUACCCAAAAAUUGGGUAGUGUGGUUGGUAUGUACCUUAGAUUCCACUUCGCUAGGCAGCAUCACUAAAAUAAGUAUUCUUUUAUUUAUAUUUUCUUUGAAAUUUGCAGUAAACAUUACAAGCAGAAGAUUAGGGUUUUGUGAUGUUCCACCAUUCAGUCCAUCGAGACUAAAUGAUCCUUGCCACUGAUGCAAACUGUUUGCCCUAAACAAAUAAGGAUAAUGCUAGAAGACCAAAAUUUG